CCAAUAAAUAAAUAUAAUGAUGAAGUAGAUUGUGUUCAUAUGUUGGUGAUUAACUACACGGAUAUGAUAUAACACUUGUAAGAAAUAGUAACCUAUCUGGUAUCCAACACAGUUCACUAUCAGGAGGGACACGGCAAACGUCGGGGAUGGUGCCUAGAAUUUGACAAUCAAAAUGCUGGUGAAGUUGUACCGGGACUCGUUCGAAACCCCCUGGGGAUUCCGUCUACAGGGUGGAAAGGAUUUAAACCAACCCUUAGUUCUACAGAGGGUAUUUUCGAACAGUCCUGCGGAGGGGGAACUUCAAAGGGGAGAUAUUAUCCUUUCCAUUAACGGACGUGACUCCGGAAGUUUUACCCACAAACAGGCACAAGAUAUCAUCAAGUUUGCCGGUGGCCAGAUAGAAAUUAACGUCCAAAGACCGUCCCCAGGAAGUGUUCAUAUUCCGCCACUACAACCGACCAGUCCGACAAGGGCACCAUCAAACUUCGUUGGUAGACGAACUUCCGAUACAACUCAUAACAAUAUGCCGCCACCACCAAUUGCUGGCCACAAGCCCAGGAAAGUCACUCUGAACAAGUUUGGAGGAGGAACAACAUCAUUUGGACAAUCUUUUAAAAAAACGACAACUACAAAUAAUUGGCAACCUGUAUCAGGUCCCGGGUCCUCUCAGGGUAUGAUGGGCCGCGUACAAGAUAGUUUAGACAGCGCGUUAUCGCCAACUAGUCCCCCACAAGGAAGCUACUAUCAACAACAGCCACAGUUUCAACAGCAACCCCAGUAUCAACAACAACAACAACAGCAACAGCAAUAUAGACCUCCACAACAGCAACAGUAUCAACCCCCAACCCAGCAACAGUAUCAGCCCCCACCUCAACAACAAUAUCGACCCCCACCCCAGCAGCAGUACCAGCCUCCACCCCAGCAACAGUACCAACCUCCACCCCAACAACAAUAUCAACAAGCACCCCAGCAACAAUACCAGCCACCACCCCAGCAAUACCAACAGGAACAAGAAGAGCCAUACACACCAACAUUUCAGACUGUUGGAGAUUUACAGCCUGAUUAUGUCAGGGCUGAAGAUCCGGUACCCGAGGAGGAAUAUGAAUUUUCAUCUGUAAGAGACAGAAAACAACAGUUCGUAGACAAACCUGACAGGGCACCUGCUGGUCACAUCAGACAUAAUGGCGAUGCAGAUGAUGAUUACCCCCACUGUGCGGUGUGGGAAAGGCGGAAACUUUUUAUGCCGAAAGAACUUAGACGGCAAAAGAAAAAGUUUACACAAAGUGUAGCACAAGGUUAUGAAGCGUUUGGAACUGAUUAUUCCAAACCAAGACCACAACAACAAGAGCAAACACGAUUUCCUAGACCUGCUCCUCCAACACAGGUGCCAAUUAAUAGACCUCCUCCACAACCGGAAGUAGAUGAAGGUCCAAAACCAUGGACAGGUACUCUUCGAAGUGAGAGUACUGGCGGAAUAAAACCUUGGGAAGUAGAAGAUCAGGAGUAUAUCAUGCCUUCUCAGCUAGAAGCUAUGAAACAACAGCAACGUAGUUCUAGACCGCAGACACGGCAACCACAACAACAACGACAACCACCUGCUGUAUCUCCAAAACCAAAGGGAACAUCACAGCAAAUCAAGGUGCAAGUGGCGAAACCUCAACAGUCUGCACCUGCACCAGCAAGACAGAUAAGCAUCAGGUCGGUCAAUAAUGAACCAACUGAAGGUGGACCUAAAGCGGUUCACUUACAAUAUAAUUCACCCAUGGGUCUCUAUUCAAGAGACAACGUAGACAAGACAUACCAAGCCCAAAUUCAGGAUGGUCCGGAGGAGACCUCUUCUACCGUCUCUAAACCACAACAGCAGCAGCAGUAUCAGCAGCAGCAACAACAAAAAGAUGGGGAUCGAGAUUGGAAUCAGUCCUAUGUUUAUAAAAUGGUGAAGGAGGAGAAAAAACGGGAGACAAAAACGUAUCCGGGACAAGCUCCUGUCACAACUCAGACUUAUUCAUCUAAGACGUAUCAGACCGGUCAGCCUACAGUUGAUCAAACCUAUGGUAUUUCAGACUUUUGAGUAC